UUGAAAGCUCCAUAUACAAACCAAACUCAGUGCAGAAAAUUGAGCGCAUUUUAGCUUGUUUUUGUGUUUCGCUGUACGAUAGCGGUUUGUUGCAUUUGUUUCGUGUGCAUCUGUUGUGACGAACGAACCAUUUCCAAUUAUUGGGCUUAUUGUAAGAGCCGUCGAACCGCGGAAACAUAUCCCAAAGAUGCCAAGAGGUAUCAUUACGCUCCAGCUGGGCCAGUGUGGAAAUCAGAUUGGUUUCGAAUUCUGGAAGCGGCUUUGUCUCGAGCAUGGUAUAUCGCCGUCGGGAAUGUUGCGCGAGUUCGCUAGCGAUGGCAUCGAUCGGAAGGAUGUGUUUUUUUACCAAGCGGAUGAUGACCAUUACAUUCCGCGGGCGGUACUACUCGAUCUGGAACCGCGUGUAAUUCAUUCGAUUAUGUCUUCACCGUAUGCAAAGCUGUACAAUCCGGAAAACGUAUACCUGUCGAAGGAUGGUGGCGGUGCCGGUAACAACUGGGCGUCCGGGUUUAGUCAGGGCGAGAAACUGCACGAGGAAGUGUUUGACAUUAUCGACCGAGAAGCGGACGGAAGCGAUAGUUUGGAAGGGUUCGUGCUCUGCCACUCGAUUGCCGGUGGUACCGGAUCCGGGAUGGGUUCGUACAUCAUGGAACGAUUGUCGGACCAUUUUCCCAAGAAGCUCAUCCAGACGUACAGUGUGUUUCCGAACCAGGACGAGAUCAGUGAUGUGGUGGUGCAACCCUACAACAGUCUGCUAACGCUACGUCGGCUUACCAGCUGUGCGGAUUGUGUGGUGGUGCUGGACAAUACCGCCCUGAACCGGAUCGCGACCGAUUGGUUGCAUCUGGAGAAUCCUAGCUUCGCCCAAAUCAACACACUCGUGUCGACCAUCAUGUCCGUCAGUACGACCACACUGCGCUAUCCUUCCUACAUGAACAACAACCUGAUCGAGCUGAUUGCGCCGCUAAUUCCAACUUCCCAGCUGCACUUCCUCAUGACCGGCUACACACCGCUCACGACUGAAUCGGACACACAAUCAGUACAGAAAACUACCGUGCUGGAUGUCAUGCGACGGUUGCUGCAGCCCAAAAACAUGAUGGUUUCUACCGGGCCCGAUAAAACCAACCACCAUCGGUACAUAUCGAUUCUCAACAUCAUCCAGGGGGAGGUCAAUCCAUCCCAGGUGCAUCAAUCGAUUCAGCGCAUUCGCGAGCGUAAGCUGGCCCAAUUCAUACCCUGGGGUCCGGCCAGCAUUCAGGUGGCACUGUCACGCAGCAGUCCGUACGUGCAGAGCAGUCACCGGGUGACUGGGUUGAUGUUGGCCAACCAUACCAGCAUCUGUUCCCUGUUCGAACGAGCCCUCGGACAGUACGACAAGCUGCGCAAACGAGGCGCGUUCUUGGAUCAGUUCAAGAAGGAGGACAAAUUUAAGGACGAUCUAAGCGAAAUGGACGAAGCCCGCGAUGUUGUGGAUGCGCUCGUGCAGGAGUACGAGGUGGCCACCAAGGAGAACUAUCUUAGCUGGCAUGCAAGCCGUGCCAUGGGAGGAACAAAUCCAUAA